GAAACACAAAUUGAUAUAUUAUUUGACUUUCCAGAUGUGGAUUUUGUUAUAAAAUCAACUCAUCGGCUGCUAUUAUUAAUAGCUUUUGGUUGAUCUAUUGAACUUUUUCCAAAUAUUAGGUUUAAUGAGAUCAAUUUUGUUUAAUCUGUUAGUAUUGGUAAGAACUAAGAAUGCUUCAGUUCCACGAUUGACUUGAAGUUGACGAAGAAUUUUGCUUAAUAUCCAGAGUCAAGCGAGUUUUCUUAUAAUCAAAUGUGUAAUUUGUUAACCCGAGAGCCAUGCCUGAGGGUAUAACAUCUGAAAAUCUCAUGAACAACAUCAUGGAUACACUCUCUGAUAAGCUCCAGAAGCAGAAUUCUGGCUCAUUCUUCGUUGAAGAAAAGUCACACUCACACACAGUCUCUUCUCAGUUCAAUAAGCUCUUUGGGAGACAGAAGCCCAUUCAUCACAUUUUAGGGGGUGGCAAAUCUGCUGAUGUGCUCUUAUGGAGGAACAAAAAGAUAUCAGCAGGUGUCUUAUGUGGUGCAACUGCAGUUUGGGUGCUCUUUGAAUGGCUUGACUACAAUUUCCUUCCUCUUGUCUGUUUUGGUCUGGUUAUCUGUAUCAUUGGUCAGUUUAUCUGGUCAAACCUAUUGAACAGGGCCCCACCCCGUGUUACUCUGCCAGAUGAGCUAUUUGUGAACAUUGCUAGAAUAGUAGGUGAUGAAGUGAAUCGUACUCUGGGUUACCUUCAGUAUGUUGGUUCUAGAGGGGAUAUCAAACAACUUGCACUGGUUGUUGGGGGAUUGUUAACUGCAGCAAUAAUUGGAACCUGGUGUAACUUUUGGACUGUUAUUUACAUAGGUUUUGUGGCUGCUCACACUUUGCCUGUUGUGUAUGAGAAGUAUGAUGACCAAAUUGAUAGUGCUGUGUACAAUCUGUUUGGAAAGGUUCAGAACCACUACAGUAAGCUGGAUACUAGUUUGCUAAGCAGAAUUCCCAAGGCAAAAGCGAAGAAGUUUGCAUAAUUGUAUUUGAACAUGUUGCAAAUGUUAUGUAAGUGUAACUCUUGCCAUUUAGACUGCUUAUGGUGUGUACUUAUCAGUAGUUUUGCUAAUAAAUCAGUGUCAUUGUGAUGCUUAGACUGUA